GAACGACAUGGCUGCGCAGACGAAGCUAUCAAAGUUCGUGGAAACUGGUCGAAAGAUAAUCGCAGUUGGGAGGAACUACAGUGAACAUGCCGCUGAAUUAGGUAACGCUAUCCCCUCCACCCCGAUCCUGUUCUUGAAGCCACCAUCAGCUUACAUCACACAAGGACAAGCUAUAAAGAUCCCUAAAGGCUGUAGUGAGCUUCACCAUGAAGUAGAGUUAGGAAUCAUCAUUUCAAAACGCGGAGUGGACAUCCCUGAGAAUAAAGCCUAUGAUUACAUAGGCGGGUACUCCUUGGCGCUGGACAUGACUGCGCGCGAUUUCCAGAGUGAGGCGAAGAAAAAGGGACAACCGUGGUCUUUGGCUAAGGGCUUUGAUACGUCAUGUCCGGUCAGUGAUUUCAUUGGCGCAGACAAAAUUCCAAACCCUCAAGAUCUACGUCUGUGGCUCAAAGUGAACGGCUUGACAAAGCAGGACGGCACUACGAAGGACAUGAUUUUCAACAUUCCCUACCUUAUUAGUUAUAUCAGUGGGUUUUUUACACUUGAGCCCGGUGACCUCAUCUUGACUGGGACCCCGUCUGGGGUGGGACCAGUUCAUAGUGGUGACGUCAUAGAGGCGGGCUUAGAAGACUUGAUAGCGGUGAAGUUUCCGGUUGAGUUACGAUCUUGACCUGAAUACGCCUUAAAGUCUGGACUGUUUUUAGCAGCGUGGGCAUGUUGCUGGUUAAAUUCGUAAAAAGUAAUGCAAUAUAUAAUUUAUUUUAACUGUUUAACAGAUUGUCAGUAUUUUACCUGCAUGCAUGGAUUGAUGGAUUGCGUUCCUACCAUACAGGUUAACAUUAUAUCUGUACCAGUACAUGGGGAGGUCUGCCAGCAAACUGCGGAUGGUCGUAGGUUUUCUCCCACCAUAACGCUAGCCACCGUCCUAUAAGAGAAAUAUUAUUGAGUAUGCCGUACGACAGCAAUCAAGUAAAUAAAUCAAAUUCUUCAUUAAUGGUAUCAUUAAUGUGUAUUCUUGUAGGAGGAUUUUCGCAAUAACGACAAAUCUUCGGUGAAACACGUCAAUGGAACCCUGAGCGAAAAUAUGUUGCCUGCACUUGGUCUAAUCCCCAAAAGAAGUGCGAAGAUAUAUCAUGUAAACGAAGGUAAAAGUUGGACCAGCCUCAGGAAUAAACAGAACGGGUAGCCAAGUUCUCACAACAGAUGUUCUUCCCAUUUCAUAUGUGACAGAACUUCUGGUUUGCAGCUUUUAUGAAGUCGAUGAUGUUUCAUUUUAUUGUAAAGGAGACUCCAACAAAAAGCAAGCCCCCACCCCCACACUUUGCGGUUUUUGUGAGAAGGAAGUUGAUGGAUUGCGAGGGAAUCUUCUAUUAUGCAAGGAUUAGAAUUUUUUAGGUUGUGAAGGAUGAAAAACCAUAUUUAAUGGUAAAUAUUCAUAUUGCCCAUUUAUCUGAUUGAUGUAGCGGAUAUAUGUCAGAUGACGCGGUGAGAAAAAUCAUAACCGUUAUAGGGAAAUAAAGAACAUUGGAUGAUAUUGAGAACUGAUAACCGGAAAUCACAAUGUUAAAACAGCUGAACAGUUUGUGCAGCAUGUAUAAAUUGUGGACGUGAGAAACUCCCGACUUCAGCCGUAUGAACUUCCAUAUUAUUCAAUGUUUUCAACGACGUGUAUAUGGUAGUAAAAUGACAAAUACACGGAUAUCCGUUGUCACGAAUUCAACAUGGCGAGUAUUCUUGAAUUCUUUACCGAGCCUGAUUUCCUGUCAGUGAGAUGCCAUAGGCAUCAGUUACAG